UAUAUAUUGUCUGCGUCUCCCUUUGUCUUGUGCCAAAGUGUUUUGUUCAUUUUGUUCGCCCCAGCCGGUCUUUUCCACACUCCCUGAUCUACCUUGCUUCCCUACGUAAAUUGUGCUUGUAGUUUUUGCCUCCACGCAGGAGCAAGAGGCCCCUGGAGUCGUCGGCACUGGGAGCUUUGCAGCAUCAACGGUAACAAUGACGACCCUGCUUCUGCUUUGUGUAUCCUUGCCCCUCAUCUCAGCAACAUUAUCAUUUGAAGACCAUGAAGACUUAGAUGGCACAUUGCGUGUCAGCAUCCCCUUGGAAAUGCCUCUCCGUCCACUACUGGGCAGCAAGGUAGUGGUACCAUGCUACUUCCAGGACAACACAGUCAAUGACCCCGGAGCCCCGACUAUCGCCCCACUCUCCCACCGCAUCAAAUGGACCUACGUCACCAAGGAGAAAGUCAAGACGAUUCUGGUGGCGUCACAGGGAAAAGUUAAUGUGGAGAUAGAGUAUUUGGACAGAGUGACGAUGAUCAACUACCCUCAAGUACCAAGUGAUGCAUCCAUAGAGAUAACAGAGCUGAGGUCCAAAGACUCCGGUGUCUACCGCUGCGAGGUGAUGCAAGGCAUUGAGGAUAACUAUGACACUGUGGACAUCCAGGUUCAGGGUAUUGUGUUCCACUACCGAGCCAUCUCCACCCGAUACACCCUGACGUUUGAGAGGGCCAAGGCAGCCUGUAUCCAGAACAGUGCCACCAUCGCCACACCAGCCCAGCUCCAAGCAGCUUAUGAUGAUGGAUACCACCAAUGUGAUGCUGGAUGGCUCUCUGAUCAAACUGUUAGGUACCCCAUCCAGGAGCCACGGGAGCGUUGCUAUGGAGACAAGGAGACCUUCCCUGGUGUGAGAACCUAUGGCGUGAGAGAUGUCAAUGAGACUUACGAUGUGUACUGUUUUGCUGAGAAGAUGUCAGGCAGAGUGUUCUACUCCAUGUCUGUAGAGAAGUUUACUUUCUAUGAGGCAGGAGAUCAGUGUGUCAAACUCGGUGCCCGGCUCGCCACCACUGGAGAGCUUUACCUAGCCUGGAAGGGUGGCAUGGAUAUGUGUAAUGCUGGCUGGCUAGCAGACAGGAGUGUACGUUACCCUAUCAAUGUUGCCAGGCCUCAGUGUGGAGGGGGACUCCUGGGAGUGAGAACCGUCUACCUGUUCCCAAACCAAACUGGAUACCCCUACCCAGACUCUCGCUACGAUGCUAUCUGCUUCCAAACUGGUGAGGAUGAAGGUGCUGUGCCCAUGAGGACGACUCCUUUCCCAGACAUCAUCCGCAUGACACCUGCCCCAGGGGUGGUCCCAGGCCUCACCCCCCCACCUGGGGGUGAAGAGAUCAUUGGUGGAGGAAUCGACACCCUCUUCCCUCUGCCCGUCCCACCCAGUGUGACUGACACAUAUGCUCAAGUGACUCCUGUGGUACGUGAGCCUGACAUCCAUCUGACAGGCAUAGAUGCUGCAAUGGCUCCCACAGGUGUGGUAUUCCACUACCGACCCAUCACUGGCCGGUACACUCUGACUUUUCUGGAGGCUCAGCAGGCCUGCCAAAAUAUUGGGGCUGUCAUUGCCAGCCCAAGGCAACUGCAGGCAGCCUUCGAGAAAGGCCUGCACCAAUGUGACGCUGGCUGGCUCUGCGACCAGACUGUCAGGUAUCCCAUCGUGUCACCCAGAGCUAACUGUGCUGGUAAUCUGCCACUCCUCCCAGGAGUCAGAUCCUAUGGCCUGAGACCAACUAGUGAACGUUAUGAUGUAUUUUGUUAUGUGGAACGUCUGCAAGGUGAGGUGUUCUUCACCAGUGACUAUGACAGCUUCUCCUAUGAGGAAGCUGUGCAGCACUGUCAGAAACUCAACACCACCCUGGCCACCACUGGACAGCUGUAUGCUGCCUGGAACCAAGGGCUUGACAAGUGCCGUCCAGGCUGGUUGUUGGACCGCAGCGUCCGGUACCCCAUCACAACCCCCAGGUCCCACUGUGGAGGUGGUCAGAUUGGGGUCCACAUCAUCUAUGCCUUCCCCAACCAGACAGGAUUUCCUGAUGAGCACUCACGCUAUGAUGCCUACUGUUUCAAAGCUGAAAUUCCUGCUGUCCAUGUUGAAAUCAGUGUGAAUGUGACAAUAGUGACAGAGGAGGUUAUCAACAAGACAACAGUCACAACUGAUCAUUCGGUAGUUGAAACAACUGUAUCUUACAAUGAAACUGAAAUCAAUGUAAAUAUUACUGAAAUAGAGGAGUUUAUCAACAAGACAACCAUCACAACUCACCAAGUUGCUCCCACAGUUGAAACAACUGAAACCGAAACCACUGUAAAUAUUACUGAAAUAGAGGAGUUUAUCAACAAGACAACCAUCACAACUCACCAAGUUGCUCCCACUGUGGGACCAACUGUUCCUCCAGUUGAUGGCUCUGGUUCAGCUACUCAUUCAGCUAGUGGGGAGAUCUCAGGGGACGGUGAAAGUGGUUUCACCUCUGGUUCAGGAGACCCUAUAGGUCAGGAGGGGAAAGGGGAAAGUGAGACCAUCUUCAUAUCUGGAGCAGAAGGUAGUGCAUCUGGAUCUGGUGAGGGGUUCAAUAGAGAGCACUCUGGCUUUGGUGUAUCAGGAUCAGGAUCAGGUGUUAUCAGUGGAAGUGGAGACAUCAGUGGUAGCGGUGGAGACUCGAUGAUCAUCAUGGUGGAUGGGGAGAUGGUGGAGGUGCCAAAAUUACCAAAACCCAUUGAGGAGGAGUUAGGCCAGGGAGGCAUCGAUACCAGCGGCACUAGUACAUCCGGAUCUGAAGAUAUGUCCGGUUCAGGAGGUACGUCUGCAUCAGGGGGUAUGUCUGCAUCAGGUGGUACGUCUGCAUCAGGUGCUACGUCUGGAUCAGGAGGUAUGCCCGAGUCAGGCUCUGGUGGAUUUUCUGGCAUCUCAUUUAUUGACCACAGUGGCAUUGACCUAACAGUCCAGCAGUCUGGUGAGCAGGAGAUGUCUGGAUAUUCCGCCAUUGGAUCAGGGUUCCCCAGUGGCUUUCCAAGUGGUUUUACAUCUGGUGUAUCAGGCAGCGGCUCUGCCUCUGGGGACUCUUUCCAGCAUCAAGGUGGCAUCAUCUACCUAACAGACACAGAUAUGAUGGAAGUGACUGUACCACCACUGGUACGCCAACCUGAACAGGGACGGGGAGUUGUGGAGAUAAGCGGGCAAGGAAGUGGGUCAGGGAUUACUUACACUGAGUACAUCAACAGUCUUGGCCAAUCAGGACAGGAGGAGAGUCAGGAAAGCCGUGCAGGACCUACAGUGUAUGUAGUGACUCCAGACUCAGCCUACACCAGCCCAACCACAGCACCAGCUGUGUCAUUUGAAACCCCUGCUGUUGUGCAGCAGCCUGAUGUAGUGGAAGCAUCUUCAGACCCCUGUGAUCCAAACCCCUGCAGUUCAGGAUCCUGCUCUGUGCAGGGAGAGCUUGCUGUGUGUCAAUGUCCUAAUGGUUUUACUGGUGAAGACUGCUCAACACCUGUGCAGGGCUGUGCCGACGGCUGGCAGGAAUUCAUGGGCAGCUGUUACCUCCACUUUACUGAGAGAGACACCUGGUCUGAGGCUGAGCAACGCUGUCAGGAGCUCAACGCCCACCUGGUCAGCAUCAGCUCUCAGGAGGAGCAGCAGUUUGUGAACUCCAAUGGUCAGGACUACCAGUGGAUUGGACUUAACGACAAAGAUGUGCAGAACGAAUUCCGCUGGACAGAUAGCAGUUCUCUGAGCUUUGAGAACUGGAGGCCCAACCAGCCAGACAACUACUUCAACUCUCAGGAGGAUUGUGUGGUGAUGAUCUGGCACGAGGGAGGACAGUGGAAUGAUGUGCCCUGCAACUACCACCUUCCCUUCACCUGCAAGACAGGACCAGUCAUGUGCGGAGCUCCCCCUAAGGUGGGACACGGUCGGCCGAUGGGUGGCAGCAGAGAUCGCUACCCUGUCAACUCUAUAGUCCGCUACCAGUGUGAUGCAGGCUACACACAGCGCCACCUGCCUGUGAUACGCUGUAUGCCAGAUGGACAGUGGGAAGAGCCACAAGUAGAAUGUACAGAAGCCGGCACCGACAGUAACAGGCUACACAAAAGAUCCCUCAGGAGAAGAAGUAAAGGGGCGAGCAGCCAACAGGAACAGAGGAAGCUGCUCUAAGCACGAAUGAAAGGACAUACAACAGAGAGCCACAAAGGACCCCUCUUCUAAUGGAGCAUGGACACCAAUGCAAAUGCCCGACCAAAAAUCUAACAUUCCUUACCAUGUAUAUACAUACACACUAAAGCACAUUUAGGCAGUGACAGUGUAAUUGACUGACAUUUUGGAUCUUUGAGCGUCACUCUGCACCUUCGAAAAGCAGUUUUCUAUGUAUUUAUACCGUCUAAUUUAUAGCUGUGACCCAGUAUUUGGAAGGAUUAUCUCAAUGCACAAGAUUUUUUUUUUUUUUACAAUCAGUUGCCAGCACUGCAUACAAAGUAAGGUAGAUAAAAUUGUAAAAUAGUUAUGUGAGGGCUUUAGAGUGACACACAAAGUCCAAAAGAGCCCAGUGAAAGUGUUUUCAAUUGCAGCUGGAUUCUCUGAAGUAAAACACAGUGUUACAUAGGCUUUUGCUAUAUUUUUAGGGUAUUUUUCUAGAUCUGUGUUUAUUAGUGUUUUUUUUUUUAUUUUAUUAUUUCUUUUACUGGUCUUAGACUCUACAAUUGUGUGCUUCAGACUGGUGAAACAACUAUAAAACUACAGGCGAAGAAGGUGGUUUUCAAACUUUAUCGUUGUGACAGCUAUGAGUACAUGUUAAUAUGGAGAACAGUGAAGUUAGGUUUAAUUUGAGUUUUCAGAGGAGGCUUUGCAUGAAUUCCAAAACAAGAACAAAAAGCAGCAGGUAAAGACAUAGAGAUACAUGCAGUAUUAAUAGUUUUUAUGCCAUAAAGCAUCUUUUAAAAACCCAAAUGAUCUGGUCACAACCUCAAGUUUGAGAACCACUGUGCAAUAACACCACCGCAGUAUCAUAUAUGCUGAAAUGAUUGUGCUGUUCCAUUUGAUGAUGAAAAGAAAUCCAAGUUCAAGACGUGAUUAAAGUCACUGAAAACAGACCUGGAUUUAAAUAGUCAGCACUUAUGCACUUUUGGAAGUCUUCAGUCACUUCUGUGCUAAUCAUUUGAAUCCAACACACCUUAAACGAUAAUAAUAAUAAAAAAAAGAAAAACAUUUUUAAAAAAUCAAUCCUCAUUUAUAGUUGACACAUAACAAAGAAACUGUACUGAGUAACAAGUGAGAUCUACAGUAUGAUGCUGAAUUGGCUGGUUUUUCUGCCAGGAGAAGCCUCCAGGAUGAUGCAGAAGUCCACCUCAUUGGGUCAUCUGUUGCAAAAGAUGCACACCCAGUUUUGUAGGUUGGGGUUUACAUUUGUGACUUCUCAACAGCAAACACUGACCUCUGUCAGCACUGUCCGAGAAUCAUGCCUUUAUAAGAUUCAGUGAAUGUAUGAGUUUCUCACUGCAAAUAUUCUCUCUACAUGUCUCUGAACAGCAGGAUAUGUCAAUAACUUAUGCAGAGCAGACAAUUUUAUUGUUUGACUAAUUCAUCAUCAGCCUGUUUGUUGAUUUGUUCGUUUAAUGAACUGGUAAGUUGCAGCUAUGAGUUACUAAUCAAGUAGGCAUGACUGAUUUUGACAGCCUGCUGAACACAAGAACACACAAAUGGAUUUUUUUAAAUUAAAGCCUCAGACAUAUUUGCAGAGGUUUGUGGUAGUUUUUAUGUGACAUGGUCUUAGCAACAGAAAUGUACUUAAAACUUGAGAAAUGA